AUGCCCCUCUCCAACGAAAACCGUAUAUGGCCAACACGGAAAGUGGCCGCUAACAGUACGAUCCAGGAUGUGCUGGAGGUGUCGAUGUUCAAUCUGUGCUUGGCGGAGAAUGGACUAAAAUUCCACACGGAUCGGUACGAACUGAUGAGCGACCUGCGGCCAUCCGGCAAACCGGCACAGUUGGUCGUACGGCGUGGGGCCCCAUUCAACGUGAAGUUGCAGUGCAGUCGAUCGUAUGAUCCGAGCGUGGAUACGAUGAUGAUGAUCCUAGCGCUCGAUCCGUACGGCUCGGAGAAUAUCACGUUUGGCAAUGGGACCGAGGUGAACAUGGUGGUGGAAAUGGCAGGUUCGGGGAACAGUCCUGUCUAUACAGAGCCCGAGUCCGAGGCGGUCCCCGACCUGGGAUGGAGUGCAGCUAUAACCGGGAGCACCAAGGAAGCGGACGGCACGGUAACAAUUACGUUGGCAAUUACGACACCUGCGCAGGCAUCAGUGGGAAAGUACAAUCUGGGGGUCUUCUGUCGGUUGGACACGAAGGACACCAAGUCUUCCUUUAAAUUUCCCCUUCCGCUGUAUUUGCUGUUUAACCCUUGGUGUGAACAAGACGCUGUUUACCUGAAAGAUGAGGCUGCACGCCAGGAGUACGUCCUGAAGGACAACACCAUGGUGUGGAAACAAACUCCAGCGAGUUCGGGUAUGACAAGCUGGAACUUGGGUCAGUACGAGCAGGACAUACUGGACUGCUCGUUGUUUGUGAUCGCAGUACCAGGCCGUGUGCCAGCUACGUACCGUGGAAAUCCUGUUCGGGUCGUUCGAGCCCUUUCCGGCGCCCUAAACAUUAACAACGGCCCUGGGGUGCUCGAGGGACGCUGGAACGGUGACUAUGCCGACGGAGUGGCACCCCAGGCGUGGUCUGGUUCCGUGAAGAUUCUACAGCAGUUCUACAGGGAGGGCAUGCAACCGGUCAGAUACGGCCAAUGUUGGGUGUUUGCCGGCAUCUUCGCAACCGUCUGCCGAGCUGUCGGUAUACCGAAUCGCAUGGUGACCAACUUUAACUCGGCACACGACUCCGAGGCUUCGCUUACGCUAGAUUUCUUUGUCGACUCAAGCGGUGGCACGGAUGGAAGUAUGUCGUCCGAUUCCAUGUGGAACUACCACGUGUGGAACGAGGUAUGGAUGACUCGCCCCGACCUCGGAGCGGGCCUUUACGAUGGAUGGCAAGUGGUGGACGCGACACCGCAAGAACUUUCCGACGGGAUGUUCAAGCUGGGACCAACAUCCGUGCGAGCGGUUAAAAAUGGUGAAGUAAACCUAGCGUACGACACGGAGUUUGUCUUCGCUGAGGUAAACGCCGACAGGACGUACUGGGUUACUCGAGGAGACAAUAGUGUGCCCAAGCUGCUCGAGAUUAGUACGGACUACAUCGGGCAAGAUAUAAGCACCAAGGUGGUUGGGAAAAAUGAACGAGAAGACUUAACGAGCGCAUACAAACACCGCGAAGGUACGCCCGAGGAGCGUCAGGUGAUGGCCAGUGCACAGAGACUCGGCUCACAGCGGUUUUCCAGCAAUGCGGUUGUCAAAAUGCUUCUCGUUCCUCACUACGAAAACGCCAGGGCGAACGCAUCAUCCGAAUGGGUAAAACUGGAGCUAAAGACCUACAAAGAACACCGUCUGGGCGAGCCUUUCGAUAUAGAGCUUUCGAUCACCAACACCCUUGCGGGGCAAACGGUGCAAGUGGUUGGAACGCUUUGGCUGAAGCAUACCGACUACACCGGUAAGCGCUCGGAGGACAUACAAAAGAUAACGAUCGAUCAGACCAUCCAAGCGGUCAGUUCGGUCCCCAUCAAAGUGUCGAUACCUUUCGCCGAGUACAACAAUCCGGCCUUCGAUCAAUCGCAUAUCAAGGCACUGUGUGUGGUUGAGGUACCCGGUACCGAUCAGACGUUCUUUUCUCAGCAGAUGUUCAACCUGGCGACACCGGACAUUUCGAUGGACCUCGUAGAAGACCCUUCGAGCAAGGGAGGGUAUACGGUCCAGGGCUCGUUCAAGAAUCCUCUACCGAUCCAACUAUCAGCUGGACGGUUUCUCAUCGAAGGAUCAAGCCUCACGAAACCAUCCGAGCAAACGUACGAUUCCGUCCCAGUCGGAGGCAACGCGUCUUUUGUCUACCGUUUGAACAUGGCGUACAAGGGGCCAUCGGUCGUUUGUGCUCGCUUCAGUUCGAAUGAGUUGAAAAAUGUCCAUGGCCAUUUGGAAUUCGAUCUUUCUAAACUUUAA